UACUUCAUACACUCACUCACUCCCUCAGACACACGGAUCUCUAGUCACUUAGCUCCUUCAGAGUUCAAAGUAUUCUUUUCCCGAAACAUAUUUCACAAACUUCUUUUUAGAAAAGAGAAAAGAUGAAGACUUUCCUUGUUGCUUUGGUAUUUUCAUCUCUAGUCUUGAUCUCUACAUUUCUAGUUCAGACUACUUCUGCAGCUUCUGGCCCUGUUGAUACAUCACUCCUCAGUUUCUGCAACUCCAAGUGUGCGGAUAGGUGCGCAGUAGCAGGAGUGAAGGAUCGUUGCUUGAAUUACUGUGGAAUCUGUUGCAAAGAGUGCAAGUGCGUUCCCCAUGGAACUUACGGAAACAAAGAUGACUGCCCAUGCUACAGAGACAAGAAAAACUCCAAGGGCAAAGGCAAAUGCCCAUAAAGAAAAUGAUAUCAGCAACAAUUACCAUGAAACUAAUGAAGAUCUAGAGACAGAGAAGGAAGGAUCGCUUGGUUUUCUUUAUUGAUGAAAUCUGUCACCGUUUGCUACUGCACAUUACUGUAUUGCUGGUUGUUGUUGUUUCUAAUUCUAUGGGUAUGAUAAAUGAGAGUUUUAAUGAUCUUACAGGAUUCUAAAUCAAAUAAAUAAAUAACCUU